AAAAAGGAGAGUGAAUGUUUACAGUUGAAGAUCCUGGUGCUACGUAAUGAACUGGAGAGGCAGAAGAAGGCCCUUGGUCAAGAAGUAGCCUUGUUGCAUAAGCAAAAAAGUACUUUGCAUGAUAGAGGAAAUGCAUUUGAGGCUGAAUACCAGAAACUUCAAGAACAUAACGAAUCCUUGCAUGAAUUAAGAAAGGAAUGCACUGCUAAGAGAGAACUGUUUCUGAAGACAAAUGCCCAGCAGACUAUUCGAUGCAAGCAAUUGCUGUCAGAGCUAUCCUAUAUCUACCCUAUUGAUCUGAAUGAUCAAAAGGAUUACUUUGUUUGUGGAGUCAAGCUUCCUAAUUCUGAAGACUUUCAAGCAAAAGAUGAUGGAAGCAUUGCUGUUGCCCUGGGCUACACGGCUCACUUGGUUUCAAUGAUAUCCUACUUCUUACAAGUGCCACUCAGGUAUCCCAUAAUUCACAAGGGCUCCCGGUCUACGAUCAAAGAUAAUAUCAACGACAAGCUAACGGAGAAAGAGCGAGAGUUUCCUUUAUAUCCCAAAGGAGGGGAGAAGCUUCAGUUUGAGUAUGGAGUAUAUCUUCUCAACAAAAAUAUAGCACAGCUCAGAUAUCAGCAUGGGCUCAGUACUCCAGAUCUAAGGCAAACUCUUCCUAACCUGAAAAACUUCAUGGAGCUUGGGCUAAUGGUUAGAUGUGAUCGACACCAUACAUCCAAUGCAAUUCCCGUUCCAAAGAGACAGAGCUCUAGCUUCGGCAGAUUGGAUAUUGGCUUUUCUAGUGGGCUUCCUUCUCCGGAUAAAGGACUCCGAAAACGAGCCAGCACGGGAAACGAAAGACUGCAGUACAAAACUCCUCCUCCUAGUUACAACUCUGCUUUAACACAGCCUGUUGCUAUCACAUCCCGUGUGGGAGAGUUAGAUAAAAAACCUGGAUCCAUAUCUUCCUCCUUGGAUACCCCUAUGGACUCAUCGAAAGGAAAUACCAAGCAAGGCGAGGACUUGUGCGGCAGUUUAAAUGGAGAAAACGGGAGCCUAAACAAUACCCAAGACUGUCAGGAGUCUUUCCUAGGACAUACUAGUGCAAUAAACGGGGCGUUUCUGCCCGGUGAGUGCUCUGGCACCGCAAGCAACGAGCAGCCCUGUGAGUUUCGGCCCCCGCUCGGCCCUGUCCUUUGCUGCACUGUGGAGCAAGCGGAGGAGAUCAUGGGAAUGGAAGCGACGGGGUUCAGCACGGGAGAUCAGCUAGAAGACUUUAACUCCAUCCCGGUGGAACAUGCCGUGGCGGUGGAGUGCGAUGAACAAGUUCUGGGAGAGUUUGAGGAGUUCUCUCGAAGGAUCUAUGCACUGAAUGAAAACAUGUCCAGCUUCCGCAGGCCGCGUAAAAGUUCGGACAAGUGAGCUCGGACAGGGAUUUGAUAGCAGACAUUGAGGUGAAAUCAGUGAUCUGGAAUAGAGAUAAAAUUGCACUUAUUCUUUAUAUUAAUUAUAAAAAAUAAAAAAAAGCUAAAGCUGUUCCUAUGGUGUUUAGACAAACGGACUUGAGCACGAUAACACAGGAUCAUGGUAUUUUCACGGCCCAGGUAAAUUCUGAUUCUGCUUCCAGUUCUCUUAUGUCUGAUAUUUAUAAUCUAUUGGAAAUCUUUUUUUUUUUUUUUUUUUAGGCAUUGGAAUCCAUUUAUAAAGGUUUUCCUGGAAA